AUGGCACCUCGUCGCGCAGAAGAGUGUCCUUUGAAGCGGGUCGCUGCUCCAGGAUGUCGUUUACCAGCACGUUUACCUUCUGGUGAAAUUUUGACUGAUAUUACGCAAAAAGAGUGGAAAUUAGGAUCACGAUUAGGUUGCGGAGGCUUUGGUGAUAUUUAUCUCGCAUCGGAUGAUGUUAACAAGACUGUUGGACAAGAUGCCAAAUAUGUCAUUAAAAUUGAACCUCACCAUAACGGCCCUCUUUUUGUAGAAAUGAAUUUUUAUAUUAGAGUUGCUCUUAAAGACUAUUGUCAAUCACAAAAAAUAAGUCGAAUAGGAAUACCGACCUACGAAGGAGCAGGAUCUCAUGUGUGGAAAGGGGAAAGAUUUAGGUUUCUUGUAAUUCCUCGUUACGGAGUUGAUGUGGGUAAAUUAUUUGUAUCCAGUGGACGUAAAUUACACACUAAACUCGUCAACAAUCUUGCCGUUCAGAUGCUAGACGCACUAGAGUACAUUCACAGUCACGGUUACGCUCACGCAGACGUCAAAGGAUCGAAUAUUGUGUUGGAACUCAAUGGACAAAUAUCGAAUAAUCCUCGAGCGUACUUGGUGGAUUUCGGAUUAGCUUAUCGAUUUAAAACAGCAGCGGGUGUACACAAACCUUUUGUACAUGAUGAAAGACGGGCUCAUGAAGGGACUUUAGAGUUUACAUCCAGAGAUGCUCAUCAUGGAACUCAUUCACGAAGAGGUGAUAUGGAAACACUAGGUUACAAUAUAUUGCAAUGGUUAUGUGGUAAAUUACCUUGGGAAAAAGAAGACGGCGGCAUGAGAUCGUCCUGUAAUCCAGAAGAAGUUCACGCACAAAAAGAAGCACUUUUAUCAGAUAUUCCACUCUUCAUGCGAAAAUGUUUUCCUGAAAAUAAACCUCCGGCCGCGAUAAUGGCAUACAUGAAGUACAUUGCAUCAUUGGAUUUCGAGGCGAAACCAAAUUAUUCAUAUUUACGAAGUUUAUUUAAUCGUGGUGGUAAAAUAGAACGCACGCCACAGUCGACAGUACGCCGUAAGAGAAUUUCCGAUGAAAAUAAUUCAUGUGAAAGGCCCAUAAAAAUGCCAUACUUAAGAGAACGAAGACCUUGUAAGCCAGUUAAUGGAGAAGGAAGAAUAACAAGAAAUACACAAUCAGGUAUUGAAGUUGAGGAGUUUUGCUGGGAAGAGGUAUUAGCACGUCAUCCUGAUAAACUUGCUAAAGUUAUUGUUCAACCGAUAAACUCACCUUUAACUCCGCCACCGUCUCCACCCCCACAAUUGUUACCCUCACCACCAUCUUUACCAACUUACGCUAUGCUCCACGUUAUUCAACGUAUGAAAGAUCGGCAGUCUGGCGUAUUAAAACAAAAAUCUAAGUCGUAUGAUCAUGAAUUAAAAGUUAAGUGGAUGACACCAGCGAUGGAAGAAGUCGCUCAGUUAAAAAGAAAUAAACAAUCCAAUACGGCUAAAACCACGACAAUAUCCCCGCGUUUAACUCGCUCGCGUGUGGCACAACAAAAACUUAAUUAG